AUGGAGGGCGAUCUCCUCGGGGCCUUUUUCCCGGAGCUGCCGCUCGAUUACUCCUCCGCUGCCUUCUUGUUAUCCGGCCUCGUGCCAGAGUUCGACGCACCCCGGACCGCCUUCGUGAGCUACCUGAGGCAGGACGGUCCGCGAACGAUGGUGGAGCGUUCCGGCUCGGGCCGGAACAUCCACCGGAGUCUCAUCGAGAUGCUAAGGAGCAUCCCCAGGGCGGAGGAGCGCAGGACAGCGGCGGCGAGCCGAGGGUUCCGGCAUAUGAUGAGAGAGCGGAAAAGGAGGGAGAAGCUCAGCCAGAGCUACUCUGACUUGUGCUCGAUGCUUGCCUCCGGAUCAAAGUGUGACAAGAACUCGAUCGUCAAAUCGGCUACUAAGCACGUACAAGAGCUGAAGGGAGUGAAGGAAGCGCUGCAGCAGCGCUACGAGGAGCUCAAGGCCAAGGUGCUGGGGAGCGAUCCGACGGAGGGGGAAAAGAGUAUGGAUGCGACGGCCAAAGCCAUUCGUGCUCAUCUCUCCAGCUCCGAGCUUUCUGCCGUCAUGAGCAUCGACACCAAGAUGGCAGCGGCUGAUGUGGAAAGAGCCAUAGAGGGAGCUGCAAUGGAAGCAGAGAAGAGACUUCGUUGCUAGAUUGCUGGAAUCAAAACAUGGUCACAACAGUGCCUUGGAACUUUUGCAACCAAGUUCUCUCUCAAUCCUCCUUCUUUCGACGAUUUUUUGGCCUUACUAUUGCCUCUGGUGUUUUGAGAUGAUUAUUUUUCGUGUGGGAAUCUUUCACGUUUGUAAAACAGACAAAUUUCAGCCUAUUAGUGUCGUCAAAUUCGGACCUGUUGACUCAAGACCUGUUGACUUUCUGCA